AUGUUAAAGUAUAUUGCAAAUCUAAACAGACAUAUGAAUGAAGAUGUGUUUAUGAAACGCUAUGCCUCUGACUGCAACACAAUUCUGAAAUGGGACUUUAAAACUGUACUGUUUCUAUUCAGCAUGGCUUGUGGUGUUUUGCUUCAUAUAAUUCAUGUGAUACUUUUGUAUUCCACGAUAUCACAAGCAAAACACAACGGUAAGAGGACGUUUCGUGCCGCAGUGUACGAACAUGCAGUGUACCUUCCAGAGAAUAGAAAAGUGCCCGUUUCCAGAAAAACAGCUCUCACAAACAUGAUGAAGAACCUACGUGUUUACAAGGAGCAAACAGAAAAGGCGGCCAUUCAGGGGGCGGACAUAAUCGUAUUUCCGGAAGAUGGCGUCUACGGCAUGGCAUACUCUUGGGAAGGGAUAACAUCAUAUAUGGAAUAUAUACCGGAUCCCCAAAAUAUCACAUGGGACGCAUGCGCAGAUCCUUUUCGAUUUCCAAAUACAGAGGUACAGCAUUACCUUAGCUGUCUGGCUAAGAAUAACUCGAUAUAUCUCGUUGCAAACAUAGGAGACAUACAACCAUGCGAUAACACUAGAGACUCCCGAUGUCCAGGUGCUGGUCAUUAUCAAUUUAAUACUGAUGUUGUAUACGAUCCCCUAGGACAACUGGUAGCUAAGUAUCAUAAAGUGAACUUAUUUUACGAGUCACAAUUCAGUUUUUCCACGGAUAAAUCCCCCGUAAUUUUCGAGACGCCGUUCGGAAAUUUUACCGUUUUCACCUGUUUUGAUAUACUCUUUUAUCAUCCGGCAAUGGAGGCCAUUGAGCAGCACGAGGUCGGAAAUGUGAUAUUCCCAACAGCAUGGAUGGAUGCUCUCCCUUUGCUUUCGUCGAUUCAGUUCCAUUCGGCAUUUGCAGCAGGACUUGGCAUCAACUUCCUUGCUGCAAAUAUCAAUUUUCCGUCGUACAAUUUUCAUGGAAGUGGAAUUUACACACCAAAUGGUGCUUCUAAUUUUUACUAUAGUGGUGCAUUAAAUGAAGGCAAGCUGUUGAUUUCCGAUAUACCUGUUGUCCAUAAACCGACGAUUUUAUUCCCAAAUGUUACAUUCAACGUGACGUUUCCAAGCCCAGCGUUCACGGCCGACGUUUUCCACGAUCCUUUUCAUUUUGUACCGUUGUUAGGUCAGUCAGGUGUAGUUGGUGUUUGUCACAACAGCCUCUGUUGUAAGGCCAAUUACUCCUUGUACACAAUAUCUGAUGACGUCAUAGCUUUAGGGGCCUUUAGUGGUCUCCAUACCUACGAAGGCAAGUAUGACAUAGAGGUUUGUGCCAUUCUUAAAUGCAAAACGAACAACUAUUUGAGCUGUGGUGAAGAGACAAUGGAUUCAAACACUUACCUGACCUAUUUAAAACUUGAAGGCAAUUUUUCUGUCCCAUAUGUUUUCCCGGAAGUACUUUUAUCGAACAACGGAAGUCUGCAUCUGGGUCGUAUAGGCUCUUGGAGUUAUGUUGCUGGAUCACUUGAGAGUAAACAUGGAUUUGAAUUUCCAGUUCUGUCGACUGCAAUGUUCGCGCGUGUGUAUAGUUCUGAUGUUGCUUUCGUGUGCCCAUGCGCGCUACUGUUACAAGUAAUGUGUAUUUCUACGAUGCUACUGAUAUCCCGUUAAUCUGAUGUUUUAAAUAGCCACUUUCAGGCAUAAGAAGUUGCCAAAAGAAAAACAAAGAGAGAUAUAUCCUUGAUAUUAGUAUGUAGAUCGAGGUCUGUGUUUGUGGAUGUUUGAAAAGUAAUAUUAUCAGCCCACCAUCUAAUGAUGGUAUCUUUUUGUUGAUGGUAGUCUGUUAAACUCGCUCUUCGUUCUUCAGUCAUUCAUCCGGCCUUAAACAAUAAUUUUUCGUAUAUUUAGAGGGGAACUGGGUGAAUCCCCAUCCCACUGUAUUUGUUAGAGGUUCCCCUUUGUCCAUUGUUGUGCAUUGUCCAUUUCUAGAUAGGUAAAAUAAAAUGGCCUACAAGCGGCCAUCUUGAUUUUUGUAAAAUUUGGGUUUGCAUGAUUCUCUGUUAUGAAUAGUCCAUUAAAAAUUGUAUAUAUGUA